GGCACAGCCUUCUCGCUUCACUGACCUUCCGCCGGCGCUUCCUGGCCCUUGCUCUGCUUGGGCUGCUGGACCUAGCAUGGUCGACGACGCAGGUGCUGCUAAGGCCCAGGGGGACGAAUGGACGCCUGCCCAGUCCCUGAACAGACUGCUCAGGUCACCACUUCCAGCACCGCGGAUUCGCUCCCGGCCGUGGUGGUUCCCUGUGCAGGAACUGAGAGACCCACUGGUGUUUUACCUGGAGGCGUGGCUGGCUGACUCGAUCUUUGGCCCAGACCGAGCGGUAAUUCCAGAAAUGGAGUGGAUGAGCCAAGUCCUGCUUAUGGUAGACAUAGUUAACUCUGGGGACUUAGUUGAAAUCACCAUCUUCGGACGGCCCCGUGUACAAAAUCGGGUGAAGAGCGUGCUCCUGAGCCUGGCAUCCUGGCACCAGAAACUUCGUGCCCGAGCUGAGAAGAUGAAACAACUUGAGGAAGUCUUGAAGGCACGUGCAUCAGAGCCCCAGACUCCGGAGCAUCCUGUUGCAUAAGUAUUGAUGAAAAAAAAGUACAGGAGCACUGUGAGAAACGGUCCUGCUUCUGCUACUAAAGUUCAAGAGAAGCACAUAUCCAUACAUCUCAGCAUUCUUUUUUUCUUGUCUUGCUUUAUUUUGAUGCAAAAGUGAGUUUGUAGUGCCAUUCUAGUAAAGAAAUGAAUUUCCUUUUUGUCCAUUGACAUAACGAUCUUUGCUCACUUAAA